AUGCGUGGGGCGUGCUCCCGGGGCCCCGCCGCCGGGGACGGGCGGCUGCGCUUGGCACGGCUGGCGCUGGUCCUCCUGGGCUGGGUCUCCUCGCCCUCUCCCAUCUCCUCGGCAUCCUCCUCCACCUCCUCCACGUCGUUGCUGGCCCCCGAGGUGUCUGCUCAACCUCCGCUGUCCGGCCAGUGCCCCACGCCGUGCGAGUGCUCCGAAGCGGCGCGCACCGUCAAGUGCGUGAACCGCAACUUGACCGAGGUGCCCGCAGACCUACCCCACUACGUGCGCAACCUCUUCCUCACCGGAAAUCAUCUGGAGGUGCUGCCCGCGGGCGCCUUCGUCCGCCGGCCACCGCUGGCUGAACUGGCAGCGCUCAACCUUAGCGGCAACCGCCUUGCGGAGGUGCGCGCUGGUGCCUUCGAGCAUCUGCCUAGCCUGCGCCAGCUCGACCUCAGCCACAACCCGCUGGCUCACCUCAGCCCCUUCGCUUUCUCGGGCAGCAACACGAGCGUCUCGGACCCCAGUCCUCUGGUGGAACUCAUCCUGAACCACAUCGUACCCCCUGCGGACCAGCUGCACAACCAGAGUUUGGAGGGCAUUGUGGCGGCAGCCCUGCGGGCAGGCCAGGCACUGCGCGGCCUCACUCGCCUGGAACUGGCCAGCAACCAAUUUCUGUACCUGCCCCGGGACUUGCCGGCCCAACUGCCGGGCCUCAAGUACCUGGACCUGCGAAACAACUCACUGGUGAGCCUGACAUAUGUGUCCUUCCGCAACCUGACGCACCUGGAAAGUCUCCACCUGGAGGACAAUGCCCUCAAGGUCCUUCACAAUGGCACUCUCGCCGAGUGGCAAGGCCUGGCCCAUGUCAAAGUCUUUCUGGACAACAACCCCUGGGUCUGCGACUGCCACAUGGCUGACAUGGUGGCUUGGCUAAAGGAGACAGAGAUAGUGCCAGGCAAAGCCAGCCUCACGUGUGCGUUCCCGGAAAAAAUGAGGAAUCGAGUGCUCUUGCAACUCAGCAGCUCCGACCUGGACUGUGAGCCUAUCCUCCCGCCAUCCCUGCAGACUUCGUACGUUUUCCUUGGUAUCGUUUUGGCCCUGAUAGGUGCGAUCUUCCUCCUGGUUUUGUAUUUGAACCGCAAGGGGAUAAAAAAGUGGAUGCAUAACAUCAGAGACGCCUGCAGGGAUCACAUGGAAGGGUAUCAUUACAGAUAUGAGAUCAAUGCGGACCCCAGGUUAACCAACCUCAGCUCCAACUCGGAUGUCUGAAAGAGCAUUAGCGGACACAUCAAGGACAACCCUGCAUGAGGUGUAGACUUCAGCUUUCUCCCCUCCUAGGCUUGUUCUUCCGCCCUUCAGUGUAGACACCACUGACAUUGAAAGCAGGGGAUGUAGAGUUUCUCGCUGUGUUUCGUGAGUGUAAGAUGUGGACAGCAGCGCAUGGUGUUCUGUCCUCUUUUCUUGGAACUCAACUCGUGUGGAGGAAUUUUUUUUUUCUUUUUCAGGUUUCAGCAUGAACGUGGACUCUUUGCUGUCCCUCUCCUUAGUACAAUCCACGGUGUAGCAAGUGUACCCACACAGACAGCAUUCAACGAAAGCUGCCUCAACUUUUUUGAGAAAAAUUCUUUAUGUGUAAAUAUCAGUUUUAUUCUCAUGUACCUAAAUUGUGCAGAAAAUAUUUGCAUACCAUAAACUGCCUGCAGACCCUAGCAAGCUCUUUCAGAUAACUCCACAGCACACAGGAGCUCCUGCAUCCAAGAGCAUGCUCACACUUACUGUUCUGCUUAUUACAAAAAGUAACUUGCAACUUCAGAUAACUUCUUUGACUAAGUAAAAUUACCCUUGUGACUGCAGUUUAUAUGAAACUGAGGGUUUUUUUUUUUAAAUAUAAACUGCAUUGAGAUCCAAAAGACUGAAUUGUUAAGAAAAAUCAAUAAAGAUUCUUG